GGCUGUGUCGUGUCGGGCGGUCGACGGUGACUUUCCGCUGCGGUUAAACUCGUUUAAACGUUUUAUUUACCGUGCUGUUUACCGGCGUCAUGUCUCACACCGUCAUCACCACGACAACAACGACCAGGACAUCCGGGGAGAGCGGCCUGAACCUGGGCUACACCCGGACCAUCCCGGGACUGCUCAAGAUCGGACAGCUGAUCUCCCUGCUCAUCGCCUUCCUGUGUGUGUUCUGCACUCGCGGCUGGCCCAGCUGGCCGGCCUUCCAGUACUUCGAGGUGGUGACGCUGUGGUUCCUCGUAGCCUUCCUCAUCUUCUUCCUCAUGCACCUGUGCAGGCUGCAGACGAGGAUGCCCUGCAUCAACUGGCCGCUGACGGAGUUCUUUCAUUACUCUGUGGGAUGCAUCCUCAUCUUCAUCGCCUCCAUCAUCGCCUCGGCGAAGAGCGGUGGAGUUUCAGCGCUGGUGGCCGGAUCGGUGUUUGGAUUCAUAGCGACGUUCCUGAUGGCCGUGAACUUGUGGACGUCUUACAGCGUGGCUUGUGGGCCUCAGUCUGCCGUGUAAAAAGCAUCCCGUCACGAUGGAGUCCGAUGGCUGUGUUGGCAGUCUGCUGUGUCCUGGUUCUUCUCUGCUAAUCGACCGCCUGAAUAAAUCGAUGUGAUCAU